AUGACUUUCGGCGAAGAUUCCCGACAUCAAGGCUCUGGGGGUGAUGAGUCUGGAGCGCACAAGGCCCGCAAGGCUUGCAUCAACUGUCGCAAGCAAAAGAUGAAAUGCAUUGUACAGGGUAACAGCGAAUCAUGCCGACGGUGUCGUCGAGCAGGCUUACCUUGUGUCUUUGUGCCAAGAGCAAACGCAGCUCAGUUGCCUCUGGUAUCUGAGCCAUUGGAUUUAGAGUUCAAGAACAAUGUUCUGUCGAGACUUAAAAUCGUUGAAGAGCGAUUAGGUCUUCUAGGUGACAAAAACAUGAGCUUGGAAAUGUUCGCUGGUGUACAGGAACAAUCUCCCGAACCGACGAACGAACCACUUUGGAAUGCCAUUUUGCAGCUGCAGAGAUGUUCACCUAAUUUACCUUCAGCCAUAUGGCACCGUGAUACUGUGGAAUCACUUUGGUCGUCAUUUCACGACAGGAUGCCCGGCCUACACUUCAUGCCUGACAAACAGACAUUUUCAGCACCCCAACCAGUUCUUCUCGCAUCUAUCCUCUAUUGUUCAAGCACAAGAGGACCACCAGACAUGGUCGAGAUCGCACCACAUUUCUUCACAAUUUUAUGCACCGCCAUAGCACAACUUAGUAUUCCCAGUAGCGAGGUUGGUCGUCCCAUAGAGACAUCUGUUUCCCGAGAGGAGUGGGCUUUCCAGACGGUUUUGGGUAUCGUACUUGCUGGACUUCUAACAGAAGGCAACAUCCGAGAAACAGGGAACUGGAUCUCUGUAGGUUACAGGCUCAUGCUGGACUAUUGUCCCGCUCACGUCGAUGAUACAUCACGAGAGUGGCGAAAGCUAUUCAGUGGCAUACAGAUUGUUGAUCUUGAACACUCUUCAAUCCAUCUAGCCUAUCCGGUUAUACCGAUCGAAGCACCACUUGCAGUCUUGCGGAUGUCGCCACUAGACCAACUAUACAAGUUAUCUCGCAUGAUGCACACGGGUUUGAGUCACUUCACGGGGCGUCGAUUGCCGACCAUAUGGUCUUGCUUUGAAGAUUCACGAGUCGAGAACAAUAACUUCACUACUAGCUUCACAGCUAUUGACGGUAUACUCAUUCGAGAUUGGGCCAAGCAGCUAGACGAUUGGCUGGUGGAGUUUAAUGGAAAGACACCUGAGCCUGAUCAAAGCAGCAAGCUUGUUCUUCGACAAUAUGUUCUCCAUAGACUUCUCGUCCUUUCCAUCUAUCAUCCUGCGAGAAGUGGCAGUCUCUGGUCUCAAAGCAUUACAUCUCAUGAGCAGGAAGAAUUACUCCUGUCAGCUCGUGCGACGCUCAAACUUCAUCAACAUGACGACUCAAUCUGGUCAAACUGGGACUUGAUCAUAAUCACGUGGGCUGCUCUUAUUGUUCUACAAGGUAUACAAGGUGGUAUUGGAGAAAUAGAAGACAUGACAAACAUCAAACUCCAUCUCGACAUCCUCAAGCAGAAGAACGAACCCAAGCCAAGUCUUUGCGAUAAACUCAUCGUACGCUUGGAAGAAAGCCUCCAGGAAGUCAGCACACCCGACUUCUCAUAUGUUCAGCCAGCGCACCCAUCUGUCAUGGAUCCCUCGUUUGACUACACCUGGCAGAUAUUCGAUCAGGUGAACUUGCAACAAAUCCAGUUUCCGGGCUAA